AUGCAACAACCACAGAGUAUGGCAAGUCCUUCUUAUCCAUAUGCAAAUAUCCCUCAAAGCGGUCCUCCUCCAAGUCCUUAUGGAAAUCAACCUGGUAGCCAAAGCCCUAAUAUGCCACAAGCCAGCAUGCCUCCAUCGGCAAAUCCAUACCCUUCCCAAGGCUAUCCAUAUCAAGCCUCACCUCAAAAUCAACAAUUCCAGCCUUAUCAGCCAAUUCAGCCUGGCCAAGCUAUUAUGUACGCUCAACCUCAGACUCUUUGGACCAAUCGGCCACAAAUAGCAUUCUGUCCUCAUUGCCGUCUGGAAAUUUUGACCUCUGUAAAAUAUGAGCCAGGAGCAGUCACAUAUCUAAGCUGCUUAGGGUUGGUAUGUGUGGGAUGCUUCUGGGGAUGCUGCUUAGUACCAUUUUGCAUCACUGAGCUACAAGAUUGCAGCCAUUACUGCUCGAGCUGCAAUAACUUUAUAUACAAGAAAAGUCUUAUUUAA